AUGUCUUUGGAUAUUGGGUCUGCUUCGAGUUCCAAAGCCAUGGGAUCUGAUGAGAAAGAUGAGGGGAAAUCGAUCUCUGGGCCGAACUCAUUGGAUUCUAAGGCUGAGGAUAAUGUUGUCGGGAUCAGCCGGAAAAUGAGCGAGAGCUCUAUCUGCACAACCGAGGAUGAAAAUGAUGACGACGAUGAUGUUGAUCCCAAGAUUCAGUUGGGCCCUCAAGUCACCCUCAAGGAAUUGUCUGAGAAAGAUAAGGAUGAUGAGAGUUUGAGAAGGUGGAAAGAACAGCUUCUUGGGAGUGUGGAUAUUAAUGCUGUUGGAGAAAGUCUUGAUCCUGAAGUGAAAAUCUUGAGCCUUGCAAUAAAGUCCCCGGGUAGGAGCGAUAUUGUCCUACAAAUCCCUGAGGAUGGGAACCCGAAAGGCACAUGGUUUACUCUUAAAGAAGGAAGCCAUUAUAGCCUUAAUUUUACCUUUACUGUCAAAAACAACAUUGUAUCUGGACUCAAAUACAAGAACUCUGUCUGGAAAACCGGCAUUAGAGUUGAAAAUAGAAAGGAGAUGAUUGGAACCUUCAGUCCACAGGCAGACUCGUAUAUGCACGAGAUGCCAGAGGAGACAACGCCAUCUGGCAUUUUUGCUCGAGGCUCGUAUACUGCAAAAACAGAGUUCCUUGACGAUGAUAAGAAGUGCUACCUGGAGCUGAAUUACACUUUCGAUAUCAGGAAAGACUGGCAGUCAUCGUAA